AUGGUAACGACAAAGAAGACAACCAGGAAGGAGGUGGUGCCGACUGAGCAACAGGCAGCGACGGCGGCAAUUGACACGGAUGGCGACCCUUCGCCCUCACUGCCUUCGAUGCCCACGCUGCCGCGCACCAGCAAGCGCGCCUCCACCACAAAGAAGAGAAAGUACGUUUCCAAGUCGGCUGCCGCCGCCUCGGCACCCUCUGCGCAGACGCAACAAAAGCUGGACGAGAUGUCGACCGAGCUCGACGAGCUGGUCGUGCGACGCCAAUCUAUGAUCUACGAGCUCAUGUUCCUGGAGCGCGACGAAUCAUCCAGUAGCAAUCUUCUCGACUUUGACGUCAACAAUCCAAUGUUUGACGUCAGCAACUUUCAAGCCUACUGCCAAGAGAACCAAUGGCCGAUCAAUCACAAGGUACUGGACAUUCAACAACAACAUCAACUACUACAACAGAGUGCUGCGGCUGUAGCAUCGGCAACAUCAACAACACAGACACAAUCAUCGACUCAACCACGACCGAGAGGACGUCCCAGAUCGACGCCCGAGACGACACCAACCAAGUCCAAUAACGCGGCUGUUUCAUCAUCGGCCGACACAUCAGUCUCCGUGAUGGACACGGACAUCGUUGUGCCACAGCAGCCCAUCAAGAAGUCGCGACUCGACGCAACUACAACGACGACAACAACAACAACAACAGCCGCAGCGACGUCAGCGGCGACCGAUCUCUCUGCCACGGUGGCAGCAGGUUCAUCGUUGAGUCUUCAGCAAGACUCAAUGCAAAUAGACAGCAACAACAACAACAAUGAUGUUGGCCAACAAGCGGUCAGCAACAGCAUGGCUCAACCAGCCUCGAAAUAUACACAACCUCCAUCAGUGCUCGCCAUUAUACCGCCAAUGACACAUGAGACGAUUGCCAGAGCGGCGGAGGACGCUCAGACACUGCGCAGGAUACACGAACUCCAGAGGGAGGGCACUUGGAGGAACAAGCAGCUGCAGAAGCUGCCAGAGCCCCCUCGCCCCAAGGUGCACUGGGACUAUCUCCUCGAGGAGAUGGCCGGUGUGGCCGAGGACUUUGCGCGCAGCCGACGACUCAAGACGCGUAUAACCAAGGCGCUCGUCAAAGACGUGACUAAGUAUCAUCAGGGCGUGCAGAGCGCUCAGGACCGCGUGGAGCGCGAGGAAGAACUGAGGCGGCGCAGGGUGUCUGCCGGCAUCGCACGCGAGAUCAAGCGAUUCUGGCAGCAGAUCGGCAAGCUGGCCGAGUACAAGGAGCGGCUGGUCUACGAGUCGUCGCAGAAGCAGGUACGCGAGAAACAGUUGGACGAUAUUGUAAAUAAGACCGAGCAGUACUCCAGUCUGAUGGCCGAGGGCUUGCGCGAGCGCUCCAAGCUGCAGACCAAGGAGGUGGCCCGCACCCACUACACGUUGAAGGACAUCCUCGAGGACCCCAGCAAGCUGGAUCGCAUUGCCAACCAGGACGACGACUCCGACACUGAAUAUGUCCCACCAUCCGAUCACGACGACGAUGAGAUGGACGACGACGAAUCAGACAUCAACGAGUCCGAGGAAGACUUGUCCAGCGAGGACCUGGACCAACUGACAAAGGAGAGCGAGAUGCCAUUGGAUGAGUUGCUGGCGGCGACCGUGCCAGAGGGCGAGGGCGAUGACGAUGCGAGCGACGACGAGCAGAUUGUCACCUCUUCAAAGAACAGAGUGAUGCAGCCGACUGGCUUCACGCUCAAGACCACCAAGGUCAAGACUAAGGUGCCCUACCUUAUCAAGUGCCACCUGCGAGAGUACCAACACAUUGGCCUCGAUUGGCUAUCCAGCCUCUACGAGAAGAACCUGAACGGUGUGCUGGCGGACGAGAUGGGUCUGGGCAAGACCGUGCAGACCAUCUCGCUGCUGGCCUACCUGGCACUGGAGAAGCAAAUCUGGGGCCCUCAUCUGAUCGUGGUGCCAUCAAGUGUGCUGUUCAACUGGGACAUGGAGUUCAAGCGCUGGUGCCCCGCAUUCAAGAUCCUCACAUAUCACGGCUCGCAGAAGGAGCGCAAGCAUCUGCGACGCGGCUGGCUCAAAGCCAAUACGUUCCACGUGUGCAUCACAUCGUACUCGACCAUCAUCACCGACCAGCUCAUGUUCCGCCGUCGCAAGUGGGUCUACAUGGUGCUGGACGAGGCGCACUCGAUCAAGAACUUCAAGUCACAACGCUGGCAGACGCUGCUCAACUUCAACGCCGAGCGUCGUCUGCUGCUCACUGGAACUCCCCUGCAGAAUAACCUCAUGGAGCUGUGGUCUCUGAUGCAUUUCCUUAUGCCCGACAUCUUUGCAUCGCAUCGCGAGUUCUCAGACUGGUUCGCCAACCCUAUGACGGGUGCCAUUGAGAGCGGCUCAGGCAUCAACGAGGAGCUGGUGCACCGUCUGCACUCUGUUCUGCGGCCAUUCCUGCUGCGUCGUCUAAAGAAGGACGUUGAGAAGCAGCUGCCGCAAAAGCACACCCACAUCGUGCCCUGCCACCUCAGCCGCCGCCAGCGUUACCUCUACGAGGAGUUCAUCAACGCCCAAGCAACACAGUCCACACUGACCAGCGGCAACUACUUCUCGAUCGUCAACAUCCUGAUGCAACUGCGCAAGGUCUGCAACCAUCCCGACCUGUUUGAGCCGCGUCCCAUCGUCUCGCCCUUUGACUCGGAUCAGAUCGUCUACGAGACCACGUCGUUGGUGAGCGACGCACUGGACAGCAGCCCCGCCCGACUAAUCAAUCUCGACCUGCUCAACCUGCGACUGCUCGACUACGAGACACAGCUCUGUCUGAUGGAUACCAACACAAUCAUCGAGUUGACGCCAUCGGACAACAGAGUGCGCGAGAUGCCACACUCUCUCUCGAUCAAGUUGCCUCUUGGCUCAUCAUUCCAGGGACUCCCCACUUCGUCCCAGUCCUCAUCCGGUCCUCAAUCAUGCCUGGAUAUCUUUAUUGCAGCACGUCAAGAGCAUUCGAAUGCGCGACAAAAGGAGUCAUUGGAUCGCGUGCUCCUGCUGCGCCGUCGUUCAUUCAACAAGCCAGUCUAUGGACGCGAUCUUGUGAGCACAGUUUCGAUCAGCCACCCUAUCAGGGACAUUCACCAGCUGGCCGACGACCCGCGACACUACCUCGACUACUCCAACACGAUCCUCUCAAUGAUCUUGACGCCCACCCAGCGCGAGCUGGUCAUGCGUCCGACCAUCGAGCAUUUCGUCUCGCUGAUCCCCAAGACUCGAGCACCACCCAUCCGUCUGGUGGUUGCCCACCCCAACCCAUCAAAGAUGCUGGCGCAGGCACGCUUCGAAGCGCGCGUCCUCUCCACAAUGGUCGACGCUGUGGACCCCCUUCGCGAGUCCUUCAAACGCCAGUCGCUCUACUUCCCCGACAAGCGACUGAUCCAGUACGACUGCGGCAAGAUGCAAGUGUUGGCCGAGCUGCUGCACAAGCUGCGUGCCAAAGGCCAUCGCGCGCUCAUCUUCACACAGUGGACCAAGAUGCUGGACGUGUUCGAGUCGUUCCUCAACCUGCACGCCUUCACCUAUCUUCGCCUUGACGGCGCGACCAAGGUCGAGAAGCGUCAGCUGCUGACCGAGCGCUUCAACCGCGACAACAAGAUCUUCCUGAUGAUCCUUUCGACAAGGAGUGGCGGCCUCGGCCUCAACCUGACCGGUGCCGACACGGUCAUCUUCUACGACACUGACUGGAACCCUUCGAUGGACGCGCAGGCACAGGACCGUUGCCAUCGCAUUGGACAGACACGCGAGGUUAACAUCUAUCGACUGGUCACCCAGCACACGAUCGAGGAGAACAUCCUGCGCAAGUCCAAUCAGAAGCGACAGCUGGACGACGUGGUCAUCCAAGGUGGCGAGUUCACCACCGACUUUUUCAAGAACCUCAACCUGAACGAGGUGCUCGGACUGAACAGCGCGUCCGCUGCCGCAUCAGUGAUCACCGCACCCACACUCAAGCUCACUCAACAGGAGUGGGAGAACGCAACGGAGAAGGUUGAGGACGACACCGACGUCUCUGCGCUCAAGAAUGCACAGAAGGAGCAAGCAUCCGAGUUCCAAGAGUUUGACGAAGAGUCUGCAGGCACGACGCCACCAUUCAUCUCACAACAAGGCAAUCCAAGCAUUGAAGAGGAGCUCAAGAUGCAGCAGGACCUUGUCGAGGACUAUCUCAACCCAAUUCAAAAGUUGGCGCUGAGAUAUCUCGAGAACUUGGCAGACUAUGUCACUGUUACAGGUGAACCACAAGCUGAAGAAGAAGAUGAUGAUGUGGAGAUGAAGGAAGAGGACGAUGACGAGCAGGUGCCACCAGAGAAGAUGGAUGAUGAGGUAGAUGACGACGACGAUGACGAUGAUGACGACGAUGACGACGACGAAGAGACAAACGAUCUAUUACAGAAUGGGAGUGGUAGUGCAAUGACAGGCAACAACAAUGGCACAGCAUCAUCAGCACCACACACCAAUGGGGACCCCAAUAGCCACCCUCCCGUUGGGAGGCUCACAAUGAUCGAUCGUAUGAGGUCAAACUCAACAGAGAAAGACGAUGUACAACCAGAACAAGAAGCUGAAAAGGACAUCCUUUUUUUUGAGUUGAGUGGAGUAAGUAGUGAAGAGUUUCAUUCCUCUCUGUUACUAUUUGGUGAGCUGUUGCAAACGGUUCCUGAGCCCGACCAGGAACAAUGGUACUUGGCACCGAUGCAAGAGCCAAUUCCCGAGAUCCUCUUUGAGCAGGUGCUCAAGGAUCAAGACGAAUACUACCACCAGCAUUACCACUAUUUAUAUCCACCAUCACCUCCGACCAUAUCAUUCGACUCGUUGGUCAAGCCCAGCCACACGAAGCUCAUGAGAGGAAACAUUAUCAAGCAGACGGCGCAGCAGUACAUCUACUCCAAGCACGUCACCAAGGAGAAGGAGAAAGAGAAGCGACUGCUGAUCAAGCAGAAGAAGGAGAAGGACAAGCGCGAGAAGAUGCGUCUGGAGGAGGAGCGCAAGGCCAGGGAGAAGAAGGAGCAGAGGAAGCAGCAGCGCGACAAGUCUGCCAGUCCCCAGCUCAAGGACUCGUCGUCCAAGCGCAAGAGGACCGGUGAGUCGGCCUCACACCCCAAGAAGGCCUUGAAGCCGGACGACAUUAUCGUCACAUCUGGCAGCCACACCGACGACCUGGAUGAGCUUGCCGAGAAUGUCGAAAUGAUGAUCCACAACAACCGAGACGAUGGAAGCGCAGACGACUCAAACAAUGCCGAGAGCGCGAGUGGUGGCAGCAACACCAAAAAGCACCGCCCGCCCUCCAAGCAGGGUGGACUCUUUGCUCCACGUACUGGCACCACGAGGAAGAAGACAACGAGCGAGCCAUCAAGCGACGAAGGCGGCUACCCCCUGGGCGCAUCGGCACAGAAUCCCAAUAUGAUGGCCCCACCACAGCCCGAGCUGAUCUUGGGGCCCCCAUGGUAUCCUCAGGAAGAUGCGAUCAUCCUCGAUGCUGUCAGAUCCUAUGGACAGAACUGGGACCUGGUCUCCUAUCUCUUGGAGCAAUCGGUGUUUGAGCAUGUUGUGCGUUACAAACGCUCACGUGUCCAGUGUGCCGAGCGAUACAAGGCACUGUUCCCCAAGGAGACUGGCGCGUCUGGUGGCGAGAAAAAGCCCUCAGAGUCCUCGUCCACACACGAAGGCCCCUUCCCCUAUUCACUGUUGGACAUGAUCAGGAAGUCUAUCUCAUCAAACAAGCUGAUUUGUCGACAGGGCACAGUAUCGCAGAUCGAGAACAAGGCGAUACACGUCUCACAUCAGACAACAUUGACGAUGGCAACCCCGAGGACAGCCAGCGAGAUUGCACUUGGAACAACGUCGAGGAUCAUCAAGGAGCGAAUUGCCGCGAAGCAACAGGCUCAGUUGGCCGCCAGCCAACUCCAGCGACCAAACAUACCCCAGCCAAAUCAACUCCAACCCCAACAGAAUGUGCAACAACAACAACAGCCACAUCUCCAGCAACAGAUGCCACAACAGCUACAACAACCAAUGGCACAGAUGCCUCCGCAGCAGCAGAUACCUCAACAACCCCAGCAAGUCCCACAACCUCAACCGAUCCAAACGAUAGGAGCUCAACACAUGAGCAUGAUCCCGCAGCAGGCACAUGGCGUCCCAAUUCAAGUGCCACCAAACAUGCAGAUAGGCAUGGCGCCUCAGAUGAUCCAGCACAUCAACCCACCUCAAAUGGCCAUUCCCAUUCCUCAGGUCAUGCCAGGUCAGCCUAGGAUGGUUGGUGUUCCGAUGGGUGUCGUUGGUCAAAAGACCAUGAUGACAUCCAGCGGCAACGUUCCAAUUCAAGUGCAGGCCUAUGCCAAUCAGAUGAUCGCCAGUCCACAGACGACCAUGUAUGUUCCCCAGCAACAGCAGCAACCUCAACAACCUUUGAUUGCCAAGCCUGCAGCCCCGCCCAACAUCAACAUCAAUGUGUCAUCCAACUCUAUGACACCAUCGAUUCAACCGCAGCAACCUGCGCAAGUGUACACCACUCCGAUACAAGCACCCGCUGAAACACCAGCACCUCCUCCCAAGCCAACGUCAAAGCGAUCCAAGAAGGAUCCGGCCGCGCCUAAGGCUCGACGAUCCAAGUCAGCUGCUACUGUGGCACCGCCAGUCGUCCCAGCAAACACUGGGAAUAGCAUGGUCAACCAACCAUCAAUCCAGGCUCAAAUCCAGUCACAGAUAUUGCAACAGCAGCAACUGCAGCAGCAACAGCAUCCACCGCCAAUGUAA